AUGGCCAGCCUUUUGGCGACGCGGGCACCCGCAGCAGCCGGGGCCCUCCUGCGAGGCCCCAACCGGCGAGGCGUGGUCCAGCCGCUAGUUAGGAGGGGCCCGGUGCGCGUUCGUGCCCUCUUCAGCGGUGCGGAGCACGAGGCUGUGACGCACCUGGCGACCUCAGCGCACAGCGCGCUCCUCGGCGCCACCUCUGCGCUGUACGUCCUCGCCGACACUGCAGCGUCCGCUGCGUCCGCCGCCGCGCCCGCUGCGAGCGCCGCGGCCGCCGCCGCGCCCGCGGACGACGGCGGCAUCUUUGGCUUCCUGACUGUCGGCUUUGAGAAGAUUCUGGAGGUCCUCGAUGCGGGCCUGGAGGGCGCCAAUGUGCCCUACUCGUACGGCUUUGCCAUCAUCCUGUUGACGCUGCUGGUGAAGCUGGCCACCUUCCCCCUGAGCCAGAAGUCGAUGCAGUCGACCGCCGCGAUGCAGGCGCUGCAGCCGCGCGUGAAGGAGCUGCAGGCCAGAUACGCCAACGAGCCGGAGCAGCUGCAGGUGGCCGCAGGGGCCAGCCCGGGGCGGGCGCACCUUGAGACGGCCCGCCUGUACCGCGAGGCCGGCGUCAACCCCCUGGCCGGCUGCCUGCCCACCCUGGCCACCAUCCCCGUAUUCAUCGGCCUCUACAAGGCCCUGACUAAGGCGGCCGACGACGGCCUGCUGACGAGCGGGUUCUUUUGGAUCCCCUCCCUGGGGGGCCCCACCACGCUGGAGAUGCGGCAGGAGGGCUCUGGCCUGUCCUGGCUGUUCCCCUUCGUCGACGGCGCCCCGCCGAUCGGUUGGCAUGACGCGGGGGCUUACCUCAUCCUGCCGGUGCUGCUGGUGAUCUCGCAGUGGGCCAGCCAGAAGAUUGUCAGCCCCAAGACGGACGACCCCGCGCAGCAGCAGACGCAGGCCAUCCUGCAGUUCAUCCCCUUCAUGAUCGGGUGGUUCUCCCUGAACGUGCCCAGCGGCCUGACGCUCUACUGGUUUGUCAACAACAUCAUUUCCACGGCCCAGCAGGUCUACAUGAAGAAGACCAUCAAGGUGGACCUGCCCGCGGCGGUGGGCGCGACUGGCCCCAUCAUCGACGUCAGCGGCACCCCCAUCCUGCCCAAGGAGGAGCGCGAGAAGACGGUCACAGGCCGCGAGCUGGGGGCCCGCAAGAAGAAGGGCAGCCCCGAGCCCGACGCCGCGGCCGCGGCGCUGGCGGCGCAGCAGCAGCAGCAGCAGGGGAAGCGCAAGGGGUCCAAGUUUGCCGCGCGGAAGGCAAAGGAGGCGGCGGGCAAGGCGGCGGCGGCCGCGGCCGCAUCGGGGCAGCAGCAGCAGCAGCAGCAGCCGGCGCAGCAGGCGCAGUCUGUGGCGGUGGAGGUGGUGGAUGCGCCGUCUGUGCCCGACGCCCCCCCGUCCAAGAACUGA